AGGCAGUCGUUUAGCCAACCUCCAACACUUAACACACUGUUCACACACAAAACUUGCUCUCUAGUCUUCUCUCUCUCUCUCUCUCCCGCUCGUCGCUGCAUAAGAAAAGCAGAUCGAGGAUUCGAGAGACUCUCAAGAGUGCCUUCCAACUCUUCGUUCGUUUCUCUCUCUAGAACCUAAUCUCCGACUCGAAUUACUUUUGUUUUGUGUUACGAACUCCGCACUUCUCUUUUCUGGUCUCUAGAUUUCGAAAGAAACCUUUUUUGCCUUCCUUCACGCAGUUCUUAUUUGCUUGUUCUUGCUGAUUCGCUGCGUCGCACUGCUUCGCAUUGAGAUGGGUGCGAAGCCUCGAGAAGCGCAUGAUUGGGGGCUCCGUUACACGCGAGUUUGAUUGAUCUCAUCGGUUCUUUCUUUCCAACGGCUCGUCAGUCGUGCUCGGUCACUUCAAUCCUUCUACACAUACAUGCUCGCCUCUGUUUCUCUCCUCUGUUCCAUGUCCAGGCCCUAGGUCCCGGGAAGUUUUAUUUGCCUUUCUAGGGCUCACAAUUAUUGGGCUUUGGUUUUCGUGUUAUUUACCAUAACUGGUGUGGGUCCUUGCCCAUGUAUCAGGAAUAGCUCGGUUUCUCUCAUGCUCAUCCAAGGGACGCACGUUGGUCAUUUUCUCAGACAGUGUUGGCCGAGAUGACCGUCUUGUUGGUCUGUUCUCCUUGGAUUUUAGAAGCCCGUAUUGACCACUUUUGCUUGUUCCUGGAAACACUUUCUGUCCAAGUGUUCUUUGUUAGAAGCAUUUCCUUGAGUUUAUAUAUGUUUUUCAAGUAUUUGAUUGAUUGGGGUUGCUAUUGAAUUGUGGUUUUCUCGAGCAAUUUCUUUGUUAUUUAUAGUAUAUAGUGUAUAUUGUAUAGGGAGGCGAAUAUAUAUAGAUAUACAUUUAGAGAGAGAGAGAGAGAUAGAGAGAGAGACUAAUUUCUGUGUACAGGACACUUUUGAAGAAUUAGGGUUUUGGAAUUUCGAUUGAGAUCAGCACUGACGUGUUUUCUUUGGGGGUAUAUGCGAAGCGAGCUUUGGUAUUGACUGAAAGUGAGUUUAAAGUGAGGUUGCGUGAUUAUUUAUGUCUUUAGAGAAGUACUUGAAAACAUCGAGGGGAAGUUGAGAGUCUUACACAAGAAAAAUCGGGGUCCGUUGAAUUUUCUUUGAUCAUGAUUGAGACAAGUUAUGGAUAGAAGUGAGCCCCCUUUAGUGCCCGAAUGGCUGAAAAACAGUGGAAGUGUCGCUGGUGGGGUCAGCACAGACCAUCAAUUUUCAUCAUCUUCGUUGCACUCAGAUGAUCAUCACAUAUCGAAGCACACAAGAAAUAGAUCAUCCUUGAGUGACGGCGAUCAUGAAAUUGGUCAUUUAUUUGCUUCAGAUCAAGCCACUUCCAUCAAUUUUCGCCGGAGUUAUAGUAGUAACAGUUCUCCCCACUCACUGUCUUACAGUAGUUUUGGCAGAAGCCACCGUUAUAGGGAUUGGGAGAACAUUGAUGACUACCCUGAUAAGGGCAAGUUGGUUUUGGGUAACCACAGGUGGCGUGACUAUUCUGAUCCUCUUGGUAGCAUCUUACCAAAUAGGUCUCAGAAGGAUAUUUUGCAACAUUCACAGUCUAUUAUUACAAGAAAAUGUGGUGACAUGUGGCCCAGGAAAGUAGCUGGUGACUCAAAUAAUGCUAAAAGCAAACACAGCAAUGGUGAUGGUUUGUUUGGUGGUAGUAGUGUUGUUAGCAGUACCAUUAAAAGUGCAUUUGAAAGUGAAUUUCCCUCACUCCUAGUUGAAGAGAGACAAGGUGGUUCUGAAAUAGGAAGAGUCUCAUCUUCUGGCUUGAACACUGCCAUUCAGAGUCUGCCAAUUGGCAAUUUGUCCAUGAUUGGUUGUGAUGGCUGGAAGUCGGCUCUAGUAGAGAUGCCUGCAAUUGCUGGAAGCAAUAGCACGGGCACAGCAUUGGGUCAACAAACAAUUUCUGCAUGCUCAGCUUCUGUGUCUCCAACCACAGGGACUGGCCUCAAUAUGGCUGAAACAUUGGCUCAGGGCCCUCCUCCCACUCGUGCACUUCCUCAAUUAUCUCUUGGAAACCAAAGGCUUGAAGAGCUGACUAUGAAGCAAUCUAGGCAAUUGAUUCCCUUGACACCUUCAAUGCCAAAAGCCUUGGUGCCCAGUCCUUCAGAGAAAUCAAAACCCUAUAUUGGGCAGCAGCAUACAUUCCCCUCUUCACACUCUAUUAAUCAAACUCCACAUGGAGGGUCUGAUGUUACAAAGAUAUCUGUGGGCAAUCUCCGCAUCCUCAAUUCAUCACGAGAGCUGAAUGGUUUCUCUUCCACUGCUAAGGAUGGCCCGAGUCCUGCUAAUCGAAGCAGAGUAGCUAAUAGUCCACUUGGUCUCACUCCGUCUGCUGCUGGAUCUUCUCUCUCUAAGAACUUAAGCAACAAUUUAAGCCCGGCCAGUGCUGAGCGCAGGCCAAUUGCUAGUCGAACUACUUUGGAGAGGAAAUCAUCGUCUCAAGCUCAGAGCCGGAAUGAUUUCUUCAAAAGUCUUUCAAGAAAGAACUCUUCUGUGAAUCCCCCUUCUGCUGUCCCUGAUCCUGGCCCGGUUGUCUCUGUUGCAGAGAUUUCUGAUAAAUUGGCCACGGUAGCUUUGCGUGAUAUGUCUAUCCCUUUUCAGAGUAGAGAUGCCCUUUCAUUGGAUACUUCUGUUGCAGACUUGUCUGAAAGAAGGGGUGAGAUAGCCCACAGUGGCAAUGCUUGUGAUGCGUCUCAGAGAUGUUUGAGAGAUUCAGAGGAGCACUCCAGCCCUGGCUUGAUUCUUCAUCCAGAUGAGGAGGAGGCUGCAUUUUUACGAUCACUUGGGUGGGAGGAAAAUGCUGGAGAGGAUGAAGGCCUUACAGAGGAGGAGAUCAGUGCUUUCUACAUGAAGAUCUCUUGUGCAGUACGUGAAAUUGCAGCCAUCAUCAAAACUUCUGCAUGGGAUGCAGGCAAAGAUAUCAGUGGCACUUAACCCGCACAAGAAAAGUUGUGGCAGUGCUUCGUCUGAAUGGAACUUUGCUGCUGAGAAAGAAUUUUGAUUUGGCAAAUGUGUGGGAAAAGAUAGGAAACCUGAGUAUGACUGCGGAGGUAGUUUUAACUUUUUAUUUUAUUUUUUGGCUUUGAUUCAUAUUUGAGAAGAGAAGAGGAUUUGAGCCAAGUUGGUUUUGAAGUGGAUGUCUGGUGCUGCUGAUGUUUGCUGAAAGCUAUGUGGAACAAGCUGUACGAACAACAAUUGAUGAUGUGCCAGGCCUGCUUAAGGUUAAUACAAGGGUUUAGUUUCUUUUUCAUUCUAGUCAAUUGCUCCUCUAUGAUUUAUUGGGUUAUCUGAGAAAAGAAAAGGAAGCGAGAAUAUCAGUAAUCUCGUGUUGUUUUUUUAUUUUCCCUUUUCCUAUAGCCUUUUACUUAUUCUUACAGGGAAAGCAGGGGAAAUUCAAGGAUAAAAAAGCCAUCACUUCAUAUGCGUUUAUACGACACAACUGACUGGCCUGUGUUCAAAAUGCUGCUGCUUGAAACAAUGGUUGACAGGGUUUUCAUGGAAGGAUGUUACGUGCCCAGAUGCUCUGGUGUUGAGUGCCAUAUAUAUAUAUAUAUAUAUAUUUUAGGGACUUUCUGGGAUGAGGAGGACAGGAGGGGUAUGCACAAGAAGGGAUUUGGUCUGUUUUUAUUCAUUGGAGGCCGUACAGAACCACCAAAUACCAUGGCUUUGAACCAGCCAACUAUUCUAGAGUCGAGUCGAGUCUAGUCUAAUAUGGUAACGAUGGUUAGCAAGCCUCUCGGUACAUAGAAUCAAAGCAUUCCUGCGCGAUUUCGGCCGCUGGCUUUUAUUUUGGUACGCGUGCAUGAAUCAUUAUUCACUCAGUGACUACUGUACCAUCCCCAAGUAGUCAACUUGAUUAUCUACCUACCUGUGGGAAAUUGAGAUUCUUCUUAUUUUAUCUGAUUAAAUUAUAUAUAUAU